AUGCACCACUCGCAUAGUCUGCCGCGAGGCCGACUCUGUGUGCCGGUGCUGCCGCCGGCGAUCCACUCUGGCACGGGCCCUCUCCCAUUGGAUUUGAUCCGAUCACAGCUGCAUCCAGUGCACACAAUUCAUCCAAUACACAAUGAAAAGAAUCUACAAAAGCUGCGAAAUGAUAUCGAUACGCUUUCUGAGCAACUAACCGAGAUGAGAGCUCAACUUUGCUCAGCCUGUCGCUCAACGGAUUCUCGGCUUUCCACGGCUUUGGAUACGCAAUUUGAAGAAGAAACUCAUGGAUUCACCCCUUCUCCUAGCAGAAUUCUCCUAACAUCAGCUUUGUUGAAGCCACUACAACAAAUCAAUGUGACUCUGCCGAGAAGAGAGAUCAUGAUCACGAACAAUUUGACUCCAACUCAACGACCGUCAUUCCCGCCACCACCAAAACCACAAAGAACCUAUGCGGAGACGAGUUGCAGUGGACGGAGUCAGGCGAGCACAAGCUCAACCCAACUAAUUCCUCGAUGGAAUGCCGUGUGGACAGUGAAUGAAGAAACAGCAUCGACUGAAGAACAAUUACUCGAUUUCCUCCAUAAUGCUUUCAGUGAAAGUGCUUGCUGGUUCGAAGCUCGUUCAUUGCUUCUCUUCGUGAAUCCCAACAAUAACAUUGGUGUGGGAAGAGCAUUUCGCUAUUCAGCCAUUUCCCGACUUGCUACUUAUGCUUUAAGACAAGCUGAGAUGAUGAUUCUUUUCACUGGAGAAAGCGGUUCUGGGAAAUCUUUCCUCGCCGAACAAGCCAUUGUGGCCAUUGUGGAAAGAACGGCGAAAGCGGACAGUGUGAUUGUGAACGCGAUUCGCUCCUCAACCCUUCUCCUUCAAGCACUCACCUCUGUCACCACACUCAACAAUCCGAGAUCGAGUAGAAUGGUACACUGGUGGGAAGUCGGAAUUAAAGAUGGUCGUUUACAACGAGUCAUUCUAAGACAUUUUAUCUCAGAGGCCUCCUCUAGACGAUGUUCGGCUUUGCUUUUCGCUACGAUUGCUUCUCAAAUGGGUCCAACUGAAAAAGAAAAGUUCCGUAUUGCUGGCUUCCGUUUGAACAAUGGAUCCGCGAGCAGCAUUCGACUGUCAGAAAUUCGAAACGCUUUAAGCACGCUUUGUCUUCCUUUUGAUGACGUUUUGAGAAUUUUGGCCGCAUGUGCUCUCUUGAACAAUCUGAUGUUCUACGAGACUGAGGAUGGGGUUGAUAUUGAGAAUCUCAAUGACAUGGAAGACGCGGCUUUCCUCCUUGGUCUUUCCGCUCUUUCACUCUUCAAAAAACUCAUCGCUCGUUCGGUGAUUGUACAUAAAGAAGAGGCGACUGGGAUGAAAACACUGUCCAUUGUGAAU